CCCUGCACCUGUGCCCGCCGCCCGCCAGGGGGCGCGGGUGGCCCCAGCGCCGCGCGCAGGGUCUCGCGAGUUCCCGGCGGCCGCUCGCGGAAGCGGAAGCGGAUGGUGUUUCUCUUUCCGGGCGAGCGUGGCGGCGGCAGCAGCGGGCCAAAAUGAAGUUCAAUCCAUUUGUGACCUCAGACCGCAGCAAAAACCGCAAACGACACUUCAAUGCACCUUCUCACAUUCGAAGAAAAAUAAUGUCCUCCCCACUUUCCAAGGAGUUGCGGCAGAAAUACAAUGUCCGCUCUAUGCCCAUUCGAAAGGAUGAUGAAGUCCAGGUUGUCCGGGGACACUACAAAGGACAGCAGAUUGGCAAGGUGGUCCAGGUGUACAGAAAAAAAUAUGUCAUCUACAUUGAACGUGUUCAGCGUGAGAAGGCUAAUGGCACAACUGUCCACGUGGGGAUCCAUCCCAGCAAGGUGGUGAUCACUAGGCUAAAACUGGACAAAGACCGCAAAAAGAUCUUGGAGCGUAAAGCAAAAUCUCGCCAGGUUGGCAAGGAGAAGGGCAAAUACAAGGAAGAAACAAUCGAAAAGAUGCAAGAAUAGAUGGGUUCCUAUUUGACACCAUUAAAGAACUGCUAAAAUUAAA